AUGGGUGGAAGGAGUUACAUUGGCAGAUCAGAGGCCAAUUUGAUAAAAAAAGGUAAGGAAGUAGGGAAAGUUUUAACCAUUCAAUAUGAUGAAGGAAGAGAAGAGUCUGGAAAGAACGCGAAAACAUGUCAUGUCUCACUGGCUCUACCAUGGACAUGGUUUGGCUCUGUAGUUUGGCUGAUAGGUCCAAUACUUGGCUUAAUAGCUGUUAUAGUUCACAAGUGUGCCUCACCAGCCAUGGUUGUUCUUGCUGGUCAGGUUGGCUCUGUUGUAGCUAUUUCGAAUCGUUGGACUGAUAGCCGAAACCAAACUGGCGGAUCAACAGCCAAGGUAGGUGUGGCACCUGCCCCAUACUGA